AGAAGCGCUCCGUUUAUUUCCGGUUAACGAAAAUGGCUCAAGGAUCACAGAAGUUUAAAGCUCAGCGGCCAGGAGCCUCCAAGAAACACAAUCAAAAUAAACAGAAAGGACCAAAGAAAGGGGGGCGGAUCAUCGCACCUAAGAAGGCUCAAGUGGUUCAGCAACAGAAACUGAAGAAGGGUUUAGAAGUGGCCAUCAGGAACAAGAUUGAACAGGAGGUGACGCAGAAGGCCAGCUCCUCCCUCCACAAGCCUCUGAGUGUGGUUAAAGGGGCUGAAGGUAAAGGCAACCCAGGAGCAGCCCGGCCAGGAACCAGCUCCAAAUAGGACCAGAUACACGCCCCACACACCUACAGACCUGACUCUGAUGGUGUUACAGUACAGAGGACUGAGUUGAAGCGUCAGUGAGCUACAUUUAAUUUCAAACGACAUCCAAUCCUGUUCCCAAAUGUUUCAUCUGACGACAGACGUAGAAAUAAUCUGAGCCAUUCUUGUGAACAUGUUCAUUUAAGAUCAGGAUGGGAAUCAUGGCUGCUGAACAUGUUGAAUCAGCUCACUAUGUGAGAAUGUUCACCUGUAAGGAGCAGGGUCUGUGAAGAUGUUACCAUUACAGCAGAAAAAGUUAAAUUUCAGCAUUCAGCUAAAAUACGACUCUUGCUCCGGUCACUGUCAGGAAUCCUUUGAAGUUUUGCUCAGCACGUUUUGCAAACGUAGAUUCCAGCCAUCGUUGAUCCUCUCUGUCAGUAUUUAAUGGUGUUGGAACAGUCUGUUGUGAGCAGGGUGGGAUUAUCAUCUGGAAAUACAGCAUGGAUGAAUGAAUCCAUCUAGAUCACAUGCAGACUCUUUAUCCAGACUUGACUAGAAUUGCAUUCAUCAGGUCUGUCAAAACCAGUUUUUUAAUUGUUCAAAUUUAAGAGGCAAAGACAGUAAAGAUCAAAUGUGAGAAAUUUCAGAUUUUUUCUGAUCAGGGUUAUAUCAUCUGUUAAUCCUUAUACACUUUUCAUUUGAUAUUUGAAUUCACGGUUUUUGUAAAUGCUGUAUAUUUGAAUGGAGUAUUUGGAGUAAAGUCUUGUUUGUUUUUU